AUGAACACCAUGAGCUGCGAGGGUGACAUGAGGUCUCUUUUGAUGGCCCUUACAGUCAACCCGGCCGAGCGGAGGAGAACACAAAACCGACUGGCAAAGCGAAAGUCCCGAGCCAAGGGAAAGAGUGCCGCAGCAGCCGCCUCAGCAACGAGCCAUGUCGCGUCAUCAUCCACAGCAACAUCAGCAACAACGACGAGGAGGUCAAGAAGCGCUUCUUCUUCACCCCCAACGGUCACAGCAAGUGUGCUUACGCGUCUUUACGGUACCAUUGUCACGAGAGUCUGGGCUAAUGAGAUUCUGCAGGACCUCACAUACACCGCAGCACUUGCCGAUCCGUUCGGUUCACUUCAGACCCCGCCGCAUGAGUCGACCCAAGACUUUGGGCAGGCAGCAGUAAUUUUCCCUGCUUCGGAAAUGGGAGUGUCUGGAGAAGCUGCUCCACGGACGCUGCAACGAAACGCCGUCACUGAUGACCUUGACGCGAGCUCAUAUUCGGCUGGAAUCCCCCACAACUUGAACACUGUCGAAUUCAUCGAGCCGUGGACAUUAGACGCCAGCAUGACACUCAUGACACCAAACAGCAGACACGAAGACAUGUCAGACCUUUCAACAGAAGAUAUCCUCACAUUAGGGUUUGCGAGACCAACUCAAGGAAGCCCUUUGCACAUUGCAGCAACACACGGCCACAUCAAUGUGGCUAAAACGCUGAUCCUCCACGGUUCGGAUGUCAAUGCCGCGGAUAAAGCUGGGCUGGCCCCAAUUCACUACGCGACGCAAAACAACCAAGGUCCUAUGGUGACCAUGCUUGCGGAGCAUGGAGCUGACGUCGACUUCUUGGACCCGGACGGUUGCACGCCUCUCUACAGAGCGGCAGAAAGUGGGAACAAAGCAAUGGUUGAGCGUUUACUGCGACACGGAGCGAAGCUGAGCUAG